AUCUCGGUAAAAUCUAGACCAAGUUCAAAUUUUUGUUUGGUCGAUGUGGAUCGCUAAAAAACUAUAUAAAAUCUUAAUUAAAAACUAAAAUGAACGUUCAUUGCAAGCAGCUGAUUAACGCUCUGUGAGGUACAUAUUUCAAAUUUUGAAUAUUUUGUAUAAGUGGUUGAUGAUCCAAAUGCAAAAAAAAAACUAUCCAAGUUGAUUCAGAUAUGCGCAGAAAAACUAAUUAAACCGGAAGUUACCUAUGCGUUACGGAUCAGUGAUUCUUGAAAAAAAUAUUCUAAAAAAGUCUACACGAAACGAAAAUUGGAUAGGAACAUGAUUAAUAGGUAAUAUAAUGUCAUAAGAAUGGAAAAUAGCAUGGGCAGUUAUUAAUUAUGUCGAAUACACAUGCAUGUCCACGUGUAGUACAUGAUUUACAAAAUAAAUACUGCCAACUAAAUUAUAGCACGAUACAUGAAUCAUUCACCUUCUACGUGCAAAUCAAUACUUCUAGGCUUUAAAACCCUUUUGAGCAAUAGCGAAUAAAGCCUCUAUUCAAGCUGUGCGACACGUUCAUGUAUUAUAUUGCUUAAACCGCUAUUGAUAAGUAUGUCUAACACAAUAUUGAAUAUUUGUAUUGAUAAUGGAAAAAUGUUUGCACCAGUUCUCUCAAUUAUCAAAUCGAAAGUGGCCAUUGCAUAAGUUUAUUUCACAUAAAAGGCCUCAUUUAUCUCCCCCAGGAUGACAUACGGUGGUAUAUAGGAACAUCCGACAAAAACAAAUGCAAGCAGUAGCCGAAAGUAUUAGCCGAAUUUCAUGAUUCUAACAAUAUCCUAUGAUGACAUAACAAGCUUGUGUAUAACAAAUAAGACAAAGCAAACGAAAGUCCUAUAUAUACCAUUGUAAAGCAUAUUGUCAACGUAUACAAACGCUAACUGUCUUUUGGAGCAUAUAUUAUUCCACGUUUCGUUUUGAAUGUCACACGAUCAAUAAUGAGCAAAAUAGAGAAUACACUUUCCGUGUGUAUGUUCACAUGUGCGGACUCUUGUCCAUAUAUUUAAGUGAUUAUGAAUUCUGAAUUAGUCUGAAUUUUAAGAUUUUCACAUUACUGAUUAUAACUAUAUAGAUUUGUGUAAGUACAUGGUUAAUGUCAAACAUUUUUAUACACAGAUGUAGUCUCGAACGAAGUUUCGUUAAACAAGAAUCAGUUGCCACAAAUCAUGGUAACCUUUGUAGCAUUUAUUCCUCAAGUAACACACGGUCUACUAAACCGAAUGCCAACGAAAUUUUAAUAGAGUCAGGUUAAACAUAUCAUAGAACAGGCUGCACGGGAGGGGGGUUUGUGGCUUUUAAAAAAUAUUCUCAGCCUUCAUCAUGACUCAUCAACAACAGAAAUUUAACUAUGUUGUGUAAUUUUCCCGUAUAACGGGUGUGUUAAUAUCAUACACAAUCGACUAGUGCAGGAAGUGAUCAAGUCGCAAUGAACAGCUAUCGUUGGUCACUUAUUUGCUUGGUCGAGCAAACACCAGUGGUGUGUCAUAUCUGUCCAAUAUCCCCAGCUAAUGCAUUAUCAGUUAUAGAAACAAUGAAUAUACAUAUGCUCGUGGAGGGGAACGUUUUUAUAUUAAAGUCAUAUCACCACUUCCAUGCAAAUAAGGACGGAAAGUGCAUUCAACAACAAUAAAUUCUCACGAGGGAGCUCAGAGUUUUUGAAAGGACAAUGCUGAUUAUUGCUUAAGAUUUUUAAAAGACAUGGCUAAUAAUUAGCUAACAUUUUCAUUCGAAAGUGACUUAACAGAAUCUGUUGGGUUCAAACUGGGCGUUUAUCAAACCAAAUACCUAGACACUUGGUUACAUCUGUCAAUGAACUUUCCACAUGGGUUGUACAUACUUUGUCACGUUGAACAAUGCUUUCAUCGAGUGUAGUCUGUCGUAUUACAUCGAACACGUUGAUAUCUUGCACUUGCAAUAAUAACAAAAGUGUGCAUCAAUCUAAACAUUAUCUAUCGUCAAAACCCACACUACUACAUCGAUCAACUUUUAUUAUAAUGAUGAUCAGAACAUUAACUUUGUGCAAGAUAAUACGAAUUAAAUCGAUAAAACAUGCUUUAACUUUCUAUCCUGGGUUACACAAUUGAGGCUGAUGAGCGUGUAAGAGGCAUCAGUAAUAAUGUAUUUGAAAUUGUUGUUCGCCACAUUUAAUUAAACUCAAUUUACUUAUGGUGGUUUAAAAGCUCCCAUAAAUGACGAUGACUAUAACGCCGUAUACAUUUUGUUUACAAUCCAAUGCGUUAUUAAAGAUUAAGUGCAAAUUAGUAUAAUUUGUUCCUUAAUUGUGAACAAGUAACGAAAAAACAAUCCUGGUCAUUCUUUCAGCGUUAACAUUUUGUCUCGUACCUUGACAUUUAAGGCAUCAAUGUUGAUCUUGUGUUAAGGUUUACAAUUAUGCCCUAUUUUGAAAUCUUUCAUUUCAUUGUGAAAUAAUAAUCAAGUCAAACAGCCCGAAUACUGGCCAACAAGGCAGAAGAAAAUCAAGACAUACCGACAGACUUACAUGAAAAAUCGUAUUUUAUAGGUCUUUCCUGAGUAAAAGAAGUAUACACUUUCUAGGCAUUGAUAUUGUAAGCGUAUCUCGAAAUAUUUUGACGCUGUGAUAGUUUUAUGUAUUCACGCAUUAGUCAUGUUGAUAAUGAAAUUCUUAUUUAAGAAAUGCCGUUUAUAAUUAUAUGUAUUAAUUUGUAGACAACUUUAAUAGUCGGGACGGGAAGGUAACAAUUUACAAAUAAGUUUUUAUAAACUGUUUAAUAAUGAGGACAUAAAGAUGUUUUGGGUGGUGUGAAUCAUAAUCUUGUAAAAGCCGUUUUAUAGUUCAUUCUAUUUCUUAACCCAAUUGUUAUGCACUGUUAGAAGCAAGAUACCAUGACGACAAUACGCAUAGUGAUACAGAUUUAAGUAACGUAUUAAUAGACAGAACAUUGGUAAUAAAUGGUAAAUUUCAUAUCAUAGAACGCACAUUUAUAUCAGAUGUCAGUGCCAAACAUGGAUUUCAAAAUAACCACUGCAGAUAUAAAUGUAGGUCUUGCAGUAGCUAUCAUUUACCUUCUACGUGGAAAUCUAUAUAUAGGCGAAGUAAAAAAAAUCCCAAAUCACUUCCAUGGUCAAUAAGCAGGUGACUCGUUUGUCAAGCAGUGGGUUUGUGCGAUUAUUUCUGAUAAAGUUAUGGCUACCGGAAGUCAAUCCCUGAUUGUGGCCGCCUUCGACUUUGGAACCACUUACAGUGGAUAUGCGUUCUCCUUCAAAGACUCUCCAAAUGACGUCAAAACUAACAAGAAUUGGACUGCCGGGUCUGGUAAACUCAUCUCACUUAAAACCCCGACAAGUGUUCUUCUCAAUGAGGAUGGUGAGUUCCAUUCCUUUGGAUUCGACGCCGAGGAUAAGUAUUCAUCUUUGGCUGAGGACGAAAAACACCAUGGUUGGAGACUGUUUAGAAGAUUUAAGAUGGUUCUACAUAAUCAGCGAAUUUCGCGUUCAGCAACCGUUGAAGAUUUGGAACGUAAAACUUUCCCAGCCAAACCGAUAUUUACGAUGUCGCUCAAGUAUCUGCUGAAACACCUUUUGGACGCUUUGAGUAUGAGUAAAAUUGGGACGAGAGAAACUGACAUCAGAUACAUAAUUACCGUACCAGCUAUCUGGGGCAUAGCUGCCAAACAAUUCAUGAGAGAAGCAGCGAUUGAGGCUGGUAUCGAUGGUGACCGUCUAAAAUUAGCCCUGGAACCCGAGGCAGCCGCGGUCUGUUGUGAGGCCCUUGGACACACUUUGACGGGAAAAAAGUUCAUGGUCGUCGACAUUGGAGGUGGAACUGCUGACAUAUCAGUCCACGAAAAACAAAGUGAUGGCUCACUGAAGAAUAUUUAUGCCCCCAGCGGCGGUCCGUGGGGCGGAAUAUAUGUCGAUGCAAACUUCAUAGGGUUUAUGACAGAAGUAUUUGGGGGAUUGGCCAUUAAUACAUUGCAAAGUAAAGACAUGUACGAUUACUUUGAUAUGAUUCGUGACUUUGAGGUAAAGAAGAGGAAAUUCGAGUUUGAUUCUAAGACCGACAUCACAUUUCGCAUCCCAGUGGUUCUUAAGGAAAUAUCAGAGGAGCAGUGUCAUCAGUCUUUAUCCGACCGACUGGCAUCUUUGAAAUACGGUAAACGAGUUUUCACGAGAGGAAGAGAUAAGCUUGCUGUCGACUCGUCAAUCAUGCAAAGUUGGUUCACAGACCCGGUUUCCAAGACUGUAAAUCACAUAAGCAAUGUUCUAAAAGAAGAACGAACUAAAGAUGUCGGUCUAAUCAUCUUAGUUGGGGGGUUUGCGGAGAGUCCAUAUGUGCAGCAGAGGAUUAAGGAAGAAUUACCCGGGAAACAGCUGAUCAUUCCUGGAGAGGCGGGGCUGGCCGUGCUGAAGGGAGCCGUGAUGUUCGGACACAAGCCUGAUUUAAUCUCAUCAAGGGUUAUGGAUUACACGUAUGGGAUAGGUGUACGGACAAAAUAUGACGAGAAGAAACAUCCUGCGGAUAGGAAAGUAUACAUAGAUGGGAAAUGGAAUGUCACCGACUGUUUCAAAAUAUUUGUAAGAGCGAAUGAAGAGGUGCAAGUAGAUUCCAAAGUGACACAGUUUACCACUCCUAAUUGUGAAUAUAAUUAUAUUAAGAUAUUCAGGACAAAAGACAGGGAUCCGACAUUCAUAACAGAUCCUGGAUGUGAACAACUCGGUGAAAUUGAAAUUCACAUCGAAAUAGACAUUCCUCUGGAGGAACAGAAAACUAAGACAACUUUCAUGUUCGGUGACACCGAGUUGCAUGUGUUGUGUGAAAUGGCCAAGACUGGCAAAGUGGAGACACUUAUACUUGACUUGAGCAAAUAAAACUGUCAUGAUAGAUAAGCGUAAUUAACCACUUUUGACAGUAAUUAUUUGAUAGAUUUCACUAGGAGACUGGUUAUUAAUUAAUUUUAGACUGUAUAAAAAAGCGAAUGCCUUAUUAUCUUUCGAAAGAGCGUACAAAAUGCUCCAUAAAUAAUACAAUUACUUAAAUGUUAAUGUCAAAUGUGCAUAUUCGUGUGAUUGGAAGAAUUUGCCUUUUAAAAUCGUAGUAUGGGCAAUAACAACAAAAAUGAACCAAUCAUGUAACACUUUAUUCUAGAGACGGCGUAUCAAUCAGCGUGACGGUUGUGAUAUAAUUCAAAGCGUACAAUUCUUACUAUUACACAUUCCAACACCUUUGAAUGUUGAAUGCAUUGACUGUUUAUAACUAAUCAACUAUACUUUUUAAAAGUAACACAUUCAACUACCGUGAAUGUGCAUAAUGCAUGCUUUGACAUAAAAAAACACACUAUAUAUUGUGUUGUUUCGUGAUUUUAAAUUAUGUGAAUUAUAUUAUUUUACUUUUUGGUGUUUUAUAUUUUUAUACCAUUAAUGUUAUAAGUGUUGUUAUGAUUAUUUUUGCUCGGUUUUAUUUUUUAUUUUAUAUUUAGAAUAUGACAUGCUGAAUCAAAUAUUCAUUGAACAUUAUAAUAUGUGAAAAGUACUAGGUUUAGUUAGUCGGUGGUUAGUAUAUGCUACCGUUUUAACAACAUUCCAAUAAACAAACAACCACAGCCAUUUUACUCAAUAACAAAUAGAUACUUUCUCGGCUUGUUAUGACUAUGAUAGUUCAUCAUAACGUUCGGUUUAUAUAUGUAUAUUUACUCUAUUUUCUUCACUUUGUAUGUCAAAGAUUUUUAUUAUAUAAAGGACUUUACUUACACGUUAAUAUUUUCGUUGGAUUCAAAACGAAUUUUUGUAUGAAAUAUUUGGGCGAUCGAGAAAGCUUAAUGUCUUUCGAAGAUAUUAAAUAACAUGACUCAACAAUUGUCAUUUGAAGUUUAUUCGAAUCAGGUGGGUAUAGGUAUAUUUAUUU